AUGGGAAUGAAAUUCUGAUUCCCAACCUCCGUCCCUACGUGUACUGAUGAAGUCUGAGGUGCGACGACCUGGGGGUCAAUGCUCUCCUUUGAUCACCGGUCAUCUGAUGGCUCACGUUCAUCCUCCACGCUCACGUGGCACUUUGUCUAUAGGGUCGUCCACUAAGUGGGAUCCACCCAGAUCCAAAGGUUCAGAUUAAUCCUGCGAGAUGACGCGGCGGAAUCCCAGUCCUCCCUCUCCUUCUCUCCCUCAUUUUUCUUCGUCGUCGCUCAAAGUCUCUGCAACGAACGAUUCUCUCUCAUCUUCGCUCAACAUGGCUAACAGGCACACUAUUAUACUGAUGCAAACUUCUCAGAACAGAUCAACUAGAACAUUUAUGGAUUACGACUCAAUAAGUCAAGCCAUGGAUGGUAUAUGUGGACUAUAUGAGAGGAAGCUUAAGGACCUAAAUCCAGCCAACCAAAACAUCACUUAUGACAUUGCAGAUCUCUAUAAUUUCAUUGAUGGCCUGGCGGAUAUGAGUGCACUAGUUUAUGAACAUUCAAUUCAGGCAUACCUGCCAUAUGAUCGACAGUGGAUUAAACAGCGGACGCUUCAACACCUCAGGAGAAUGGCACAUUAAUAAUAUGCUGCUGACUCUUUUCUCUAGUUAUUUUCCCAGGUAUCAUCCCUAAGAAAAAAUUGUAUGAAGAACAGAAUUAAGAGUAUUGUUUGGGCUUCCUUGUUGGUGCCGAGGCUAUCAAAUGUAAAAAUUAUACUCACUGCAGGAUGUAUUUUUUUUAGAAUGGGGGGUGGCUUUCUGCUGGAGUAUUCACAUUAAGACCUGACCAACUAAUUGUGGCUUGUGUAGUUGCCCUUUUUGGGAAGCUUAAGCUUGAGAUUUGAUAUGGAACACUAUGUACCUUAAGUAAAAACUUCAUGGCAUGGUUGUUGUCGAA